AUUAGCCGCCGGGCGCCGGAAGAGGCUGAGGCCGAGGCUGAGACCGAGGCCGAGACCGAGACCGAGACGGAGGUCGAGGCCGAGGUUGACCUCGAGGCCGAGCUCGAGGCCGAGCUCGAGGCUGAGGGCGAAGCCGAGACUGAGGCCGAGGUCGAGGCCGACCUCGAGACCCUUGACUACCCGCCUGCGCGCUUCGGCCACGAUUGUCAGUUGCACUCGGACGUGUUCGAACAGAUCUUCGAGCCCAGAAAUGCCGCCCUUGAAGAGCUCGUCGACGAGACGAAUGUGGAAGGCCAACUGGAAAAAGAGUUCUUCUUCAUCCAAUCCGGCCAGGCUAUAAAUAUUUAG